UCAUGACCAGGCAUCAGCCGCUUGGCUACAAUCCGAGCAGACUGCAGUUUUCCAGUCGCAUACGAAUACUCCUUUUCUCAGCAGAGGGCAUCACGGCCAGUCUAGUCUUGGCAUUCUAUUACCCGUUCAGAAGCCAUGUCAACGGCUCUGCCGACGCGGGAGAAGACGACGCCAGGAACUUCCUCCGCCACGCCUUCGACCACAUCUCCAGCUGCUCCUCCGCUGCUCUCCCCAUCGACCAAACACAAGCGCGUGCUUGCAUGUGUGCUUUGCCACCAGCGCAAGGUCAAGUGUGAGCGCAAGUUUCCCUGCUCCAACUGCGUUAGGUCCGGUGCGCAAUGUGUGCCCACAACCGUGAUCCCACGUCCGCGAAGACGGCGGUUUCCUGAGAGAGUGCUCUUGGAGCGUCUACGUCAUUAUGAAGACCUGCUGCGUCAGAACAAUGUCAGCUUCGAGCCCCUUCACAAGGACUGGUCUGGAGCAAAGGCAUUUCCCAACUUGGAACCCAACGGCGAUUCAGACGAUGAGCAGCCGUCAACCACGGGUGCAGAUUCAUCGUCUCUGUCGCCAACUGCCCAGCCCGACACACCACAUGAGGCCAGGGACUUUUGGCAUGCCAUAAAACAAGGGUUUCUUGAACCGAAAAAUCAAUCAGACUCCUCUAAUGAGGACACCAAAGAGGGCGUGGCCAUAGAGGCAUGGGAUGCUCUAUUUGACAACACUGACCAUCUUCUACUCGGCUCUCGAAAAACAUCCGUUGAUCUCUCCGCCCUGCAACCCGAACCUGUACACAUAUUUAGGCUAUGGCAAACGUACCUUGACAAUGUCAACCCGCUCCUCAAAGUCACCCACACCCCCAGUUUGCAACCGCGAAUAAUCCAGGCGAUGGGUAACAUGGCAGAUAUCAGUCCUUCUCUCGAGGCGUUGAUGUUCAGCAUUUAUUGCAUGUCCAUUAACACCAUCCCCGCAGAAGAAUGUCAAGCCCUCUUUGGCUCUCCAAAGGGAGAUCUUGUCAUGAGAUACCAAUUCGGCGCACAGCAAGCCCUCGCAAACUGUGGCUAUUUGCGGACCAGUGAUCGCAUCUGUUUGACUGCGCUAUACCUUUAUUUGGUCUCUGUCAGCUCCAGCACAAACCCUCGAUCACUGUCCUCCAUACUUGGCGUUGCGGUUCGCAUUGCGCGACGUAUGGGGAUCCACAACGAAAUGGACAAUGCAAAGUGCACUCCUCUCGAGGCCGAAAUGCGUCGAAGACUCUGGUGGUCACUCAUCGUUUUCGAUUCACGAAUCGGCGAACUUGCAGAUCACAAAAGCACGGGUAUCUCCCCCAUCUGGGACUGCCGACUUCCUCUGAACGCCAACGAAUCGGAACUUCGACCAGAGAUGAAGGAGCUUCCACCUGCUGAGCUGAAAUGCACCGAGGCGCUGUUUGUCGUCGUCCGCAGUGAGAUGUCUGAUUUCCUCCGACAUACCUCAUUUUAUCUCGACUUUUCUAGUCCGGCGUUGAAACCACUGGCCAAAAAUGCCCAACGCGAGCCCAUACCAGAAGGGAGCGAGCUGGAUACCCUUGAACAAACUAUUGAGAACAAGUAUUUCAAGCACUCUGACCCUGAGAUACCACUUCACUACAUCACCAUCUGGGCAUCGCGAGCGAACCUUGCCAAAUGGCGAAUUGUGGAGUACUAUUGGAGAUAUUCCGGGUCUUCUGAGAAGCCGACCGAAGCCGACAUCGACUGUGUCAUUGAGCAUGCAUUUACUAUGCUCGAGAGCGACACGAAACUCAUGUCCUCGCCGCUCACCAAGGGAUAUCAUUGGCUUCUGGAGAAAUACUUUCCACUUCCUGCAUACAUGCACAUCGCUCGAGAUCUCAGACGUCGACCCGUCAGCAAACAUGCCGCGCGAGCGUGGGAGAUAAUGAGUGACAGCUUUGAGGCUCGAUUCGUUUACUUCAACAGAACACAUGCUCCUCUCUUCAAAUUCUUCAACAGAAUCAUUCUCAAAGUCUGGGAAGCUCGUGAAGUCGAGUUGACACGACUGGGAGAACCGAUAACGCCACCAAGGAUUAUUUUGCGCAUUAGAAGCAUGAUCUCGCAAAUCAUGCAAGAUGAACAAGAGGCCAACUCUGUACAGCCUGAAGGUAUUAUUGAAAUGGCCAUCAACGAUCUUUCGAUGGCAAUGCCGAUGGGGCUUGACACCAGCAACUUCUCAUAUGCCAUGGAUUGGCAAAACACCUACGGAGGAGCUGGGACGGGGACGUAUCCUCCCGGGACUGGACAAAGCUCGUCUGGUGCUGAUAUGAACCAGUUUGACUGGGCUACGAUGAUCUGGGGAUUGGGCGAUCAAAGGGGAUGAACAGAAUCACGCAACCUCAAUAUUAGGGCGAUUCCCACAUGGACGGGCUGUACAAAGGCAGAAGUACUCGGCCCAUGGGAUUGGGCCCGUAAAUGCGUCGCAUUGCAGACGCUGUAUUUUAGUGGUAGACUCCCCUCUGUGGUAAUACAAUCUCACCUUAUUAUCCACGUAUGCGCUCUGAUCUGAG